ACAGUACGAUAGGUACCGUAUGUACAGAACCGCAGAGGCUGACCUAACCUAGACUAACAUACAGUCAUUCAAUUGCUCCGCCUCCAAGCUUCAAAGCUCCAAAGCGCCUCCAGGCCUCCCUUCCGCUGAACGUGGUUGAUCGUUCCAUGUUUCCCGAUUUGUGGCAAUCACACCUUUAACCUCUGUCGCCUCUCCUAAUCCAACAAGGACGCGCUCGAAAAAGGGGCCCGGACGAUCGCGCAGUACCGUAGGAGAACCGGGGAUUGGUCCACUGGAGUAAACCGAACCAACUAACUUGACUUCCAACCCACCCGCCGCACUGGGACCGCCUACCUUGGCGAAACAAGACACAACAAUCUGAAAGGGAAGGGAAACAUGAUGGCGCCUGGCUCUAUGAGAUCUUGACGAUACCUUUCUUUGGCUUCUGACACAGUUUUUGCCUUCGCCAUCGUCGGCCCCGAGCCCGAGCCCAAGCCCAAGCCCGCGAGCCGUGUCACAAAAUGGCCUCUGUGCCAGUACCAGACGUUGGCGGUCGAUGCGGCGAUAUGGCCGCCGGCGACUCGAACACUGCUCUUGCUUCUGCCUGUGCGCCUGCUUUCGAGCGGUUGCCCGAGGAAAUUAUACAACAAGUCCUUCAACUGACUGAUCCCAAUUCCUUCGCUUCCUUGAUCCUGCUCAACUCGAAAUGGAGGCGCGUCUCUCAACACGCACAUCUCUACGCACACCACCUCUCACGAUGCCCAUCAUAUUCAGCUAUCCACAGCGGCAUAUCGCCCGACACGGCCAAAGAUGAAGACCUGCCCAGACUGCGUCGUUUGUUCUCGCGAGAAAUCAAGCGCAACUUGUUCGAGGUCUACCUGCGACCCAAGUCAACCACCAUCAAGAUUGUAUCCAAUUCGAUAAGCUCGUCCUCUGCGCCUGGGGGUGAGGGCAUGCAAUUCAGCCCGUCGCCGCGCGGACACCAUCUGCUUGCCUACAAUUCUUCCAGAAUUUACGUCUUGGAUCUCAGAGGAUCCGACCUGGAGGUGAAACGCGAGUUGAAGAUACUGCGCCGUCCCGUCUCUACUUGCAUACUCGAUGAGGGCACCCUGCUCGCCGUUUUGUCUACCGACAUGCAGGUCGACUUAUAUGACCUUCGAGAGUCCCCACCCAGACGAUCACAAUCACUGAUACUCGAUCACACUCCGAGAACGAUAGCCCUGUCGCCAUGUGGCAGCGUCCUCGCAGCCGCUUACGAAGGCGGAAUUGAGGUCUCUUCUCUGAGACCUGGAGCCAUGUCCACAGACAGACGAGCGGUAAAGUGUGACGCUGUCGACUAUCUAGCCUUUUCCUUUGACGGGACGCAGCUCUUAGGCACCACAACUAUCGCACACCAACCAAACACCGUUAUUCUCACGGCACCUUAUUAUGACCCAGGUGCCCAGAUGGGAGAGGAGAGUAUAAGUGCUCUCUGGACCACUUCAAUUCUCUUCCCAAACACGAGCCGUGACUGCAGCCACGCUGUGCUGUUGCAAGAAUCUAGUUCCCAGGAAGCCAGUUGGACAUUCACAUAUGACAGGAGCUUUGAGACCUUCCGUGCUGUGCGCAUCGAUGAUCUGCGGAACGGCACUACAUACUUUACUGGUCCGAUUCCUCAUUCCGCAUCUCAAGCAACUCUCUUACCUUGCACUUUACCCGCAGCGUCGUAUUGCGGUGAGCUCGUCUCUGCGGGGUUUGAAGGAAAGGACGUGUGGCUGUAUGGGAUCCCUGAAGACCUAGAGGCCAUUUCCGACAUAACCAGCGACUCAGGAACGCCGGGUCUAAGUCGGCGGAGCAGCGCGCCGUCUAUUCGUUCUCCCUCGCGAUCACAAGAGCCCACUGGAGGGAGAGUGCCACAAUGGCAAAUAUUAUGUGAUAGAAACCGCAACACGUUUGUUAGUGGCCGGAAAAUAACCGAGUUGAAUGGCGUUAGUACCGUGAAAUGGAUUGCGGGCCAUGGCGAUUUCUCGUAUCAGGAACGGUUGAUAGUUGCUGCACGAGGUGUAAUGCCCCCCAGGCCUAUCACUGAAGAGGAUGGAAUCGACUUUGUUGACGGUGGCAGAGUCACCAUUCUUGAUUUUGACUAUGGCAUUGUGAAUGGUCAAGAGAUGGAGCUUACAAUAGAGGUUGGGACAAAAGAACCCGAGGCCUUGGAGGAAGAGCAUCGAGAUAUGGCCACAGAGGUGGCCAUUGUAAGAAGACGUACAGUGGCUCAAAGGGGCGGCGGACGCUCUAAUGUAAUGCGAUCCACAACGCUUGCGGAUCGCCGGGCGGAAGAUUUACUGAGACAUCCUGUCCCUGCCAUUCCUAGAGAUGAAGACGAGGAUCCUCUGAUCCCACGGCGAAUGGUAGGACCGCGCACUGAGGCAGGUGCACCUUCGGCCACAGCCGAUGCGGAAGAACCCUCACUUGAAGAGGUCCAGGAGGCCCUCGAUGCACCAUAUGCUCAUGCUAGUCCACGAUCAGCACCGACCCUAAGGCGGGCCGCGACCGCUGCCGCCGUGAAUCGCCGACUCCAUCCUUCGGCUGCGACUGGGGGUCGGAUCGAGUACAGACGGGCCGAUGGCAGGGCAGAGCAUCCUCAUGAGAGUGAUGCGGAUAAUUGGGUUCCGCCUCCACCACCAUAUUCUCAAGAUGACCCUGUCGAUCUGCCUGCUUUCCUCCGGCAUGCCGCCAUUCCGGGAGUAGGUGUCAGCACAACAAUAAGAGAGGCAUUAUCUGCAACAUCUUCCCAAGCAAUACAUACUCCUUCUCUGCCGUCAGCAGCAUAUGCCCAAAUACCGCCCGGUGAUGCUCCAACAACGGAAGGCUCGUAUCAAUUAGCCAGUGGCCAAGCUCGACCGGGGUUGCCAAGACGCCCAGCCUCGAGUCCCACAAACCGAUCGGCAUCUCCGUUACGACGGUUCAGCCAAGGCAAUGACCUGUACAACGUUUCGCCAGUGGAACCGCCUCACCAAUAUGCGCAGCUACCACAGCGGUUAGGAAGAUUGGAUACGGGUACAGAACAGCGUGUCUAUUCUGGCUCGCAAGCACCAUCCUCUAAUGCUCAAUCAUCUAGCACUGGCAUACCACAUUUUCCGUCCACAGCCCAUCCAGCCGCCAUUAGAUCGUCCGUGGAACCAACGAACCCUUAUACUCUCAAUGUUGCGAUUCCUUCACCGGGUUUCAACAACGCCAUGUGGAAUGAUAUUGGCGCAAGCCCACAAGUCGGACGUCUUCCCAAUGCCUCGACAUGGCCUCGUGCGCCGCAACCUGGUCCUUCUUCAGCAGCCAUUCCCACGGGUUAUCCGUAUUCUGCGCCGGUGAUUGAUGAGAACAAUGCCGCCAUUGUAGCUGCCGCGCUUCCACCGGCACCAACUCGAGACCAACUGGCUAGUCUACAUAGACGUCGAGAAUCGGCAGCGCCACGCCCAAUCUCGUGCAGUUUUCAAGUGCCUCGUGUGCCUGUCGGUGGUCAACCUCCGUCCUUCAGGAACAGUCAAGCUCUUGGGGCCCAGCGGGCUCCUGAGCCAGAGCAGCCCCUGAUCAUCAGUACACCUAAAGGCGUUUCUGGCGCUUUUGAUGCCCCAGACCGUCAGGCUUCACAGCGUCAUCCGGGCGAGCCUAUGAUUCAUUCUCCCGUGCCGCGUCACCCUGGGCCGCAUUUAGGUGCUGGAGGCAACGACCGGCCUACUGUGGAGCGACUGGAGACUAUAUACAGUAUCGCAAGCAGUGGUGGUCGAGGCAUGAAUGAACCCGUGGUCCUGCAAAAUGCACAGGGCCAAACCAUCACAAUACCUCCCGCGCCGCCCUCAGCCCAGCUAACACUCUCCUCGCUCCGACACCACACCAGCCUAACAAGGCGCCAGAGCCGGGCCCGCAGAAGUGCUGCCAAGAACGUACAAGAUGCCAAGAACCGGGGCUGGACCGGCAGGCGUAAGAAGAACAAGAAGAAAGACAGCGAUGCUAUGAGUAGCGCGUGGACAGACAUUACAUGGGCGUCUAAAGCACCAAAGGAUGGCAACGUCAAGGAGAAGAGGUGUAUCAUCAUGUAAGAAACGGCAAGGCAUUUUUAAGGACAUUCACGGAUCACAGUACGAAAGCCAAUAGCUCUGGUGUUUGGGCGGGGGUCGUGGGUUGCUUAUGUUUUCGUAUGGGGCAUUGCAUACGUUUCAUUCGCUCUUGGAAGGCCAGUGAAGCGGCGGUCUUUGUUAUCUUUUUUGAUGUUCCGAGGGAGCGUUUAGUUGCACACGAAGUUUAUUAUGAUACCACCAAGUCGAAUUUGAAAUGAAUCA